CGCGCCUGAGCCAUGCCGCGCGACCGGCGGGAGAAAGCAUUCCCUUUGAAGAAGACUAGCUUCAGUUGAUCAAAGAUGUCUUUGACAGACAAAAGACUUGAAAAUUUGCAGAUCUACAAAGUUCUCCAAUGUGUUUGCCAGAAGGACAAGAGGCAGAUAGAGAAGCUGACCAAACUUGGAUUCCCAGAACUCAUUAAUUUCACAGAGCCUGUCGAUGGAGAUAGUGCCCUUCAUUUGGCAUGCAUCGCAAAUGACAUAGACAUGUGCAACUUCUUGCUGGAGCAAGGAGCUCAUCCAGAUGUUCAGGACCGAAUGGGACGCACUCCUGCAAUGAAAGCAGCAGAGCUAGGCCAUGACUUAGCCUUGGAUAAACUAGCGAAGGCUGAGGCAGACAUGACCAUAGUUGAUAAUGACGGAAAGGGCAUUUUGUUUUACUGUAUUUUACCUACGAAACGGCACUUCCGCUGCGUUCAGAUUGCUUUAGAAUACGGCGCAGAUGUUAACAACUGCACUAUCGAUGGGAAGCCAGUAUUCCUACAAGCCUGUGAACAAGCACACGAGAUUAAAGAAAUAUGUCUGAAAUUUUUGGAAAGAGGAGCAGACCCCAAUGCGAUAAACCUAGCUACUGGUCGCACUGCCUUAAUGGAAGCAGCAAGAGAAGGCGUAAUAGAGGUGGUGCGUGGCAUACUUGAAAGAGGAGGAGAUGUUAACAUAUUUGACAAUGAAAGACACAAUGCUGCACAUUUUGCCGCCAAAGGAGGCUUUUUUGAGAUCCUAAGAAUUAUUUCAGCUUAUAAUGGAGAUGUGGGGCUCAUUGCUAUGAAUGGGAACACGCCACUUCAUUACGCUGCUGCUGGGGGGUUUGCAGAUUGCUGCAAAUUUAUAGGGCAAAGAGGUUGUGAUCCUAAAUGGAAGAACCUACUAACAAAAACCCCAAGAAUGACUGCCAAAGAAAGUGGUUUUAAAGCAGCAUCAAAGGAACUGCGCAAAAUUGAACGACUCCAUGCUAAAAUCUCCAAACCUGGACUGAAGGAAGACAAUCCACGCUGGGCAAUGAGGUUGCAUGAUUGGUCCUUAGAACACCAGACAGCCCUUCGUGAGGCAUUUGAGGUGGUGGACAGAGGGGAUGGAACAAUAAGCAAAGAUGACUUUGCAUCAAUUAUUCAAGAGAAGUGUGCAUUUGUGGAUGCUGAACUAGUACAAUCUGUUGCCCAGGCGCAUGAUAAGUCUCGUGCUGGGGGGAUUAACAUUGAAGAGUUCUUUAAAGGUUCCAAAUACUUGCAAAAAGCCUAUCUCAUUUCGUCUUUUGGACCCAAAAAGAAGAAAGGGAAGAAAGGAAAAGGCAAGAAAGGCAAGUUUUCCAUUCCCAUGCCCAUCUGUGUCAUACCAGAGAGCUUGUGCCCACGCCGAAUAGAUGGCGGGACCCCUAUGUACAUGAUUGAGAGCUAUCAGAAUGUGACUGAUGGUAACCGCUUUCAUCGGGAUCACCCCCCUGAACAUCCUUUGCAGGAUGACUCUGCGUGGUACAUUGAUGAGCCGGAGAAGACUUACACCAAGAUCAACUAUCUUACUAAAGCAGGAGACAUCGUGUCACUGAAAAAAGCAUUUGAAGAGGGGGUCCCAGUGGACAUUAGAGAUGUAUAUUAUAAAACUCCUUUGAUGGCUGCAUGUGGAAGUGGAAACAUGGAUGCUGUGAAAUAUCUUCUAGAGAAGGGGGCUGAUGUAAAUGCAACUGACAAUUUCAAGUGGACUCCUCUGCACCAUGCCUGCCAUGCAGGUCAACAAGACAUUGCUGAACUGCUUGUGAAGUCUGGAGCAACGAUCGAUGCAGUUACAAUCAACAGUGCCACCCCACUGAUGAGAGCUAUUGAGAGCUGUAGACUGGACUCAGUGCAAUAUUUAAUUGAUUCUGGUGCAAAAGUCCAGAUGAAAAACAGAAAAGGCCAAAAUACUUUGGACAUUGCAAAGGCGUACGCUGACUUUAGACUAAUUGACCUGCUUCAAGAAAAACUGGACCGUUUGCCAAAACCACCAGAAACCAAAGCAGAUAAAGGGAAGAAAGUGAAGAAAGCUGGCAAGCCUAAAUCAGCCGCGAAGCCCACGCGGGGGGAGGCUGAAACUGCAAAAGAGGAGCCACCUCCACCAAUCGUAGAAAACUCUAUUUUUGAAGAAAAGAAAGAAUCCCUUAAGGACAAUGUUAUUCAUCUGAAUUCUUUAAUAACCGGUGGAGCUACUAAGAAAGUUGAUAUCACAUUCACACCCAGAAAAACUUGGAGCCCGGAAGCGACAACAGCCAGUCUAAUAAGAAAGCGGGAAUUGCAUCGUGAGCGCUUUACUUAUGAGGUGGAUUUUGAAGACUUCAUGAUGCCAUUUAAGAAGAAUUUCAUGGGAAAAGCCCGUGCGUUAGAAAUGGCGUCUUAAAUUAAUUCAUGCUGUUCUUUGCAUCAAAGUUCAGAAAGGGCUUAAAAGCAGAGGCUCCUUUUUUGAAGACUUAAUCAUGUUACCCUUAUUUAAUACCCCUCAAUUACGAUAAAAUUGUAGCAAAACAUUUUUUUUCUUUGUACAACUAUAUAGUUUCCCUGUAGUUAAGGACUUAAUCUUAUAAGAGGUUGAGCCGCACCAAGAUUCUAGAAUCCUUAAAGGAUCAGGCCCUGAUUUACCAGGGUAUGCAGACUCUAGUUCCAUAAAACGAUGCAUCCUUUUUAAUUUAUAAACAUAGCCACUGUGGGCUACAGCUUUAUGCUGCCAUAUUCUUGGACACAGGGCAAGACUCGUCUAAGGGCAAGUAGGUUUGUAUUUAUCUUUCUCUUAUUAGGAUAUUUUUUUUUAAAAAGAACAGUGUAAAUUGCAAGCAGGAUAAGUCCUCUACUGGGAUGUCCUUAGCCAGUGCUAUGGGAAAGCAUCAUCCUCCAGAGAGGUAGAUGGCAUCAUUCCUAUUAGUUAAAAACUGAAAAUAGACAAGUAAUGAGUAGUUCUGGUUUAAUUGCUGAACUGAUAUUUUCAUAUUCCAUCACACACACUUGCAAAAUGGACAAAUGCAGGGAUUUGCUCAGUAUUGCUUUACUCCAGUUCUGAGCCAGUGCACCACAUAUGAGGCUCUGGCCACUGGUAUAUUUUCAGCAAACUUGCCAGAAGCUGGGACUGGAUGAUGGGAGAUAGAUC